AUGCAGAGUGCAGACAGGCAGCUGUCAUCGGAUAUCCAGGCCUUGAAUAUUCCAUGUGAUGGCAUGUCCCCCCCUCCUUCAUGUGGCACAACUAUUCGAGAUAACAUCGAACAUCUGUUCUAUUGUGUGUGCUCCGACACGUUGCCACCUGUUCCCAAAGUCGGCCAUGGGUUUGAGGAUCCCCAGGUGGUGUGGCCAGCCGAUCCAGAGUACUUCAUUGACCGGCAUUGGGCUUCCAACACAAUGCCAUAUCAAGGUUUUAUACCUGUUAACCAUAACUCGGUCUAUCGAUGCGAACUGUUUGACUCGUUAAACCAUACACUUCAAUCCAUUCCUGUUUACUCUUCUGGUCCGGACAUUUGGUCUGUAGAUGGCAGUCUCGUAGAAAAAUGGAGGAAUCUUGAAACACUACUACAGCACUUGAAGCGGCUACUUGAAGACAAAUUUCUGACGCAUCAAAACUUAGGCCAUACCAGCUUUCCUCUGCCCUGGAAGUACGGGUAUCAUCACACGAAACAUAGUCGGACUGCAAUGGCACAUGCCGCUAUAAGGUCGCGCGACGCGUUUAUCAUCAUGGCGGCGGAGCUCUCCUACCUCUUGGCACUCGCAUCCGCUCCGAUGUCUACAGAAGAUGAUGAAUUUCAUGUGGUCGGCAGUGUUGACAGAACAGAUAGGUGGAAACUGGGUCGAUCUGAUUCGGUCGUCGUGGUUGAUGCAACGUGA